AUGUCAGAGGAGCAAACAGAGCAGUCCCUUGCUUUGGUGCUCUCCAAGGCUGGUUGUACGUCAAUCACAGCAGCCUCAUUACUUCUGAAUGGCUACAAGACUCUUGAUUCUCUCAAGGCUGCCGUCAACAAUCCAAUUGCAUACCCAAUGCUUCUUAUUCUUCAACCGAUUCCAUUCCUCCCUGCAGACAUCACAAGUCUCAUUGAAUACUUCAAGAACACCUCGAACGAAACAGCACCAGCAGCACCUCAGCAACAAGGUAUGUACACAUCUACAAAUGAGGCAAAGAUUGAUCGAGCGUUAUUUCUUUUGGAAAAGAUGUCAAAAUCAUCAAAGGCUUCCUACUCCAUGUCCAAGAUAUCAGGAGUCAAGUGGACAGAGAUUUCAGACUCUGCAAGGUUGAAGCUCAGAGAUUCCAAGAUCACAGUGAAGGUGAAGAAAGGUGCAACCGCAGUCAACUAUCAGUGGUUGAAAGGCGUUGGCGAAACACAACAUAUCGAGUUCGACGAAGAAGCUGCCGUGGAUAAUGACGAAGAGGAAGAGCAAUUGAGCGUCAUGGAAUGGCUAGAAAGACACAUUCCAAUCGACCAAAAACACUUUGCCUAUCACAAUGUGAGCAACGAUGGAUCUUUUUUGUUGGUUUCCAGCUAUGCAGACUGCCUACCUUUCUCUCUCAAGGGAACAACAGCUAUCAUCAUUGCGCCUCCACAACGCCAUCGUGCUCUUCUCAAAUCUCAGAUAUAUGUGUGCAUCGAACUCAAAAAGCCAGAGAACCUCGUGGACAACAGCUUCUAUCAAGGAUGGGCUCAACUCAUUGCAGCAUCAAUUCACACUACGUCUCAUCCCGUCAUUCAUUUGCUUACCGAUCUCAACGAAGCAUGGUACUUCUCAUGGUGGAGUCACCCACUAGAAUUGUCGCAUGCUUCUCUCAACAAUGCUCAAGCCAGAUCAUUCAUUCAAGAGUAUCUUGGUGAAUUCAAAUCUGGAUGGCUCGGUGGUGAUUACAGCAACAAUACUGGAUUCAAACAUGGUCUGCGUGAAAGAGAUAUCAGGAGAUGGAUAAUCAGUCUAGUAGUAGCACAGUACAACAACAGUAAGAUACACCAAUUGAUCAUAGUAGGGUCUACAAAGGGGAAUCUCCGAAACAUUAUGGAUACUGACAGGGUUCUAAAAGACCAACAACACAUCGAUAGGUUGGACGAUCUACAAGCAGUUCAUGGAGACUUUAGAAAGGAACAUAGAAAUCUAAUCUUCGAAAAGGAUUUUCUAAAGUUUGAUCCAAAGAUGCCUGAUGUCGAUGUCUUUAUCACCAACAUAAAGACAUACAUCCAGACAUCACAAUACCCGACAAGUCCUUUUUAUAUAUACCUGUUGGCACGUAGAAUCUUCCCAGCUGAGUACCACAAAGGGCUAAAUCUGAACAACCGUGAGGGAAUGACCUUGAAGGAACUAUGUACUGCCAUCCGUCACAAGUGCACAAGCAAACCUCUCAUUGAAUACAAGAAAGACUUUGAGAAUCUCGUUCAAGGAAACAUGUCAGUAGUGGAGUAUAUGACAGCGUUCAACAACUUGGAGAUCUAUUGUUGCGAACUCAAUACAGCAGGACUCCAAAGGAAGUUCUUAGAAGGUCUACGAAAGGAUAAAUGUUUGGGUACUCAUCAGAAUACUUAUAAACCCCCAAACGCAAAACAUAGCGAAACUGAUCUUCCGUCGUCGCCACCUUACUUUUUUUUUAAUUUUUCAUUUGUCAAAAGAGCCACUCAACUCACCGACAUGUGUGAGUACUACUGCGAUGGAAAGAAAUUGGCCAACAAAAACAAUAGAUCGGAUGAGGAAAAGGAAUAUUACAAAUUCUACUUGGUCUACCAAUGUAUUAUUUGUCUUUGGCCACUUACGAUCAUGAAUAAGUGCUACUGUAUCUUACAACCUGACGAACAUAUAGUGUGGAUCUAUUGGUCGUUUGCUCCACGUAUAGUAUUUGAUCUAUAUUCACCAGAAGAGAUUAAGGGAAAGAAUAUCAAUAAAUACUAA